CCUCAACUGAACUUCACCCCCACCUUCCUCUUUGCAAUUCUUUGAAUGGGUCAAUCUCAAUCUACAGGCUCCAAGGCCUCUGAGCCACAGGGUCAACCGGGCCAAAAAACAGAUUAUUAUGAACUGUUAGGAGUGACGCAAACGGCAACAGACGACGAAAUCAAGAAAGCGUACCGUAGAAAGGCUCUUGAACUGCAUCCCGAUCGAAAUUAUGGAAAUGUUGAGGAGGCCACCAGGCUGUUCGCCGAAAUUCAAUCCGCAUAUGAGGUCCUCGCCGAUUCACAAGAGCGUGCUUGGUAUGACUCUCACAGCGACGCAUUCCUAGGGACUGAGGGAGGCUCUGAUGGAGGUCCCCAGUCAUAUACGACAGCGGAGGAGGUCCUCAAGGUGUUUUCGAAAUUCAGCCCGCGAAUGGAUUUUUCCGACUUACCAACCGGAUUUUUUGGUGGCCUUCGAGAACAGUUCACCCAGCUGGCACUGGAGGAGCGACUGGCCUGCCAGUCGGAUGGUCAAAAUAUGGUGGAUUAUCCGUCGUUUGGUGGCCGUGAUGAUAAUUUUGAGACUGUCGUGCGUCCGUUCUAUGCCGCCUGGACUGGAUUCUCGACCCGUAAAUCAUUUGCUUGGAAAGAUACAUAUCGUUACUCCGAGGCACCUGAUCGUCGAGUGCGACGCUUAAUGGAAAAAGAGAAUCGACACCUUCGAGAGGAAGGCAUACGCGAGUUCAAUGAUGCGGUUCGGUCCUUGGUGGCCUUUGUCAAGAAACGAGAUCCGCGGUACAAGGCGAAUGCCCAAAGUGAAGCUCAACGUCAAGAGACUCUUCGUCAGUCGGCAGCCGCCCAGGCCGCCCGAUCUCGAGCAAUAAAUCAAGCUAAGAUGCGCGAUCAUGUUGUUCCAGAGUGGGCUCGAUCUGAGGAGCCCGGGGUGGAAGAAGAGGAGAGUUCCGAGAGCGAGAUUGAGAACUUUGAAUGCGUGGCAUGCAGUAAGAACUUCAAAAGUCAGAAGCAAUUCGAGGCUCAUGAACGGAGUAAGAAACAUGUGAAGGCUGUCAAGCAGCUGUGUCGUGAAAUGCGAGCGCAGAAUGAAGAUCUGGAUUUGGAACCCACCAUUUACACCAACGCAUCCCAUUCUACAUUACCAAGUGAAAGCGAUGCUUUCGUUGCUACGCUCUCUCCUGAUGAGCAGUUGGAAGGCUCUGUCAUCCUUGAGACCGGAAGUGACCAGCAUAUGGAACCCUUGACGACGCUUCCAUCUAAUUCAGAGACUGACGAUCAUCACCCGUCAUCCUCUCAUCCAGACGCUGAGAAGGCUUCCUUAAACUCCAUCGAGGAUGAAGACUACGCCUCGAGAGAAUCCAUCCAAACUAGACUUCAUUCGGACGUUGAUUCGUUGCAAGAUAGUUCCGUGACCCCAUUGACUGAGCAGCUAUCCUCUUCUGGGAUCGAUGACCGACCAGCUGAUGCCCCCCGAAUGGGCAAGGCCAAGCAAAAGCGGGCUAAAAAGGCUGCUCAGAAUGAAGAACAGGGUACGGGGGUUCUAUGCGCCAACUGCAGUACUACCUUUCCUUCGAGGACGAAGUUGUUCACUCAUAUCAAAGAAAAUCCGAGCCAUGCCCAGCCACUGAAAACCUCCAAAAAUAAGAAACGAUAA